GUAUCGCCCGAUGAUUUAUCACGAAGCCUGUGGAUGUUCGUUGUGUUGUCUUGCAUAUCCCGACGGAAUCAUAUCCGGUCAAAACUGGAUGUGCACCAGAAACCGUGAUGUCCUGGAUAACAAAUCAGCUGCACCCAUUGACGUACUACUAACCCCAAACACUUUGCACAGCUGCUAGCUAGGGAAGCAAAGUAAAGAAAAGGGUGCAGGCCUAGAAUUUGUGAAAUUGUUUGUUACAUCUGUUUUUAAUGUCCCACUGGAACUCAGCUGUUUUCACGUCGUCUUUUGCCCCCGUUUGUAACUGAAGUCCGCUGGAGUUGUCUUAUGGUUUUACCGAAAACUGACAGGAAGGUAUGCUAUCAUUGUCAAAGAGCGUUAUCUUAGCCUAGCUUAGCUUAGCUGCAGAUUCGCCUCUGCACCACAGGGCGUGAUCUGAGGUGAAGUUGGGGGUCGUAGAAAGUCUCUUUGAGUGUUUGCGUUUGUGACAUAGUUUUAAACCAAAAUUCUCCUGUAUUUGCCAAACUAAAGAGGCUAUGCAAAAAGAGCAUAUCCUCUUGUAUAAGUGAAAUUAGUGCGUUAGCUUGAUAGCAAACACCAGUCAGAUGUUUGGUGUCACAUUUCAGAGGUUAAUGCAGCUAUUUAUUCACAGAAAUGGAAGAAAAUGUAUUUAAUGGAGUCUCAGGAGUAGAGAUGUUUGUAAAAAUAAAUAGCCAGCAGUGUCAGGGUCAGAGAUCUAAUUCAAGAACUAUCCCUGCAUCUUGAAUAUGUCCUUGUAUGUUGAUUUAAUUUGAUCUUGUAGAAAAUACCCGGUUUAAUAGAUUUGUUGAGGUAAGAUUGGUACAACCCUUGUUUCUUUAUCUUUUCUCAGUAAAAGGAAGAAGUUGGUUUGAUGUGUGUGACUCCAAGACAAGAGGCACCAUGAGUGCAGAGAUGGAUGCACUGACUGUGGUGAACCAGCUCCGAGAUCUUGCUGCAGACCCCCUCAAUCGGAGAGCCAUAGUAGAAGACCAAGGCUGUCUGCCAGGUCUAAUCCUGUUCCUGGACCACCCUAACCCACAGGUUGUCUACUCUGCACUAUUGGUGAGCAGCAAUUGUUUGUUUACUUUUUGCUUACUUAACCGCCAUCUUAUUAAUUGCCUGUUUUAACAUCAAUACACUCGUGAACCAUGAAAUCACCGGUGCACAAAUUCACUAAAACUGGUGAAAAAGGCUGGCUCUGUGGUUGGACUCAAGCUGGACUCAGUGAAGGAUGUGGUGGAGAGAUAUACUUUACUCUAAAGAACAUGGAUGACCCACUUCACAACACCUUGAUGGACCAAAGGGCCAAUGGUGGUGGACGGCUCCUCUCUCUUUGCUGCAGGACAGAAAGAUUCAGGAGAUCUUUUGUACCAACAGCCAUCAGACUUUAUAACUCUUGUGUAAAUCGUGGAUAACUUUUUUUGGAGACAUAUUAUGUGAGACAACAGACAAUGGAAUUUCCCUUCAGGGAUUAAUAAAGUUAUUCUUAUUCUUAUUCUUAAACCAGCCUGUCUAGAUGAAAUUAGUCCUUGUCUCCAGCCCCACUGGCUGUGAAAUUAGGUGUUAUGUGCUCACGCUCAACCCCCACUCUUCCUCCCUGCUGUCCAGCAAAGAUAACUGAAGGCCCUUUCUCCCUCUGCUGUGCCCCGGUCCACUGUUAAAGGUGACACGUGGUGGCAUUUGAGCAGCUACUUCAAAACAUUGCUCAAUUGUGACAUCUGCUGUCUGUUUUAGAUAAAAAGAUAAAAGAUGCACCUCACCUUUAUUAGCAAAGCACUUUAUAUAGAUAGAUAGAUUUAUUGAUCCCCGUGGGGAAAUUUGUCUUCACCAGCUGUACAUUACAUAAAAGGACAAAAAUGCACAUCACAUAGGACAGGCCUUAAGGAACAGACAACUAAUGGCAAACACCCGGACAACAGCAAUCGGCAACAAGCAGCAAGCUUUGUUAUGCUUGUGUCUGACUUUGUAAGUGGUCUUGCGUAACAGAGUUGCCCCAUGCUGGUUGCUGAUGAAGUGUAAAUACACAGCCUUUGUGUUUGUGCAUUCAUGUAUGUUAUGUAAUAUUGUACUAUUUCACAUGGUCAUUCAUUUUUAAGAGCUUUUUCUCUUGUGCUAUCAGGAAUACUCAGGUUUUUUUUGAUGAAUAACAGCUCCUCUUGCCCUUGCAGGCCGUGCGCUACCUGGCAGAAUGUCGAGCCAACAGAGAGAAGAUGAAGGGCGAGCUGGGCAUGAUGCUGAGUUUGCAGAACGUCAUGCAGAAGCAAGUCCCUGUCAUUACAACAUCCCUCUCUAACCUCCACACACAAUCUCACAGACACAUGCUCACUGUGCACUUUCUUUCAUAAAACCUUAACCUGGGAUUUCUUUUGUUUUGCAUGGAUAAUGUGUGCCAGUCUGCAGAUUUUCUCGUCAGGUUGAUGCCCUUUAUUUUCCAUGUCAGAUUGACUGUGAUUCAAGUUGAAUGAGAUAAAGGUGGGAAAUGGUUAAAACUGCUGUCCUCGCAUAUCAGAGAUUUUAAUUCACCUUGCCACUUCUCUGCGGUUUCUUGAUGAGUCAACUUGCACGGUUUUACUGAUGUGAGCUCAUAUUUGCCCUUGUUUUGUGGCAGAGUUAGCAAGUUAUUUUGCACACAGGGUAUAUUUUCAGUGUUAACAUUUGUUGCUUGUGUGUUGUUUUGACUUUUCUCUUAACAGUAUUCAGAAUUCCACUAUAUCAGUUUAAUGAGCUAUAAUGAGCACACUACAAUCAUCUAUCAAGGGGCACAGACAGGCCUGGUUUGAGGAGGUGUUGUGCUCCAGAUAGCUGCUCUUAGCCGAGGGUGUACGGCAGUAUAGCUACGCUGCUGCUCAUCAUUAGCACCCUGAUAGGAAUAGAGCUAUGUUCAAGUGGCUGUUUGUGGCUUGUAUGGUUUUUAGCAAUUCUCCCCCUGUGGCACAGCUCUUGCUUGCCCUGUAAUUGGCCAGUCACUUGAGCUUCUCAUGAAUGGCAUGAAGACGAGCCCUGCGGCAACAAGCUGCAGCUUUCCCUGCUCUGACUUUGGCUAGAGGUCGAUCAUACCCGGGCAGAGUGGGAACACACUGCUGAGGGGGAGCGUGCGGCAUGGUCGCACCAAACAGGUGUGAAUACCACUUUUACACCGUCAACACAUUAAGACUUGAAGCUCAAAGAGAUGUGUCCUCUUUUCAGUGCACAGAGGUGAUACGUUUGUUAUGGAGAGUGUUUAGCUCCCUGAAAAGCUGACAUGCUUCCAUAGAACCCAGGAUCCCAGAGGGCAGCUAUGCCAGACAGCUGAUGUCAUAUGUGGUUACUAUAGAGCGAAUGAUGACUUGGUGACAUAUAAAGCGGUAUUGCCUGCAGGUGAAUCUCAGGAUUCCUCAGAAAAUAUCAGCACCUUCAGCUGACCGUAUAUGGAUCUCUCAAGCAAACCUUCUGCCCGCUGUAAUGUUAUGCUCCGCUGUGGAUUUUUUUUUCUUAAAAGGGCAUAAAAAGCAUAACUGAAGAGCAGACUUGGCUUUAUAAGCAUGAAAUUAAUGUGGUGUGAAGGAUUGCAGCCUGGUCUACUGUCACACUUGAUCUUUGUACGAUUAAUCCGAGCAUAAAUUCGCUCAGAUAUUAAUAGUGUUUGCAAAUUUAAAGCUCCUAAUCAGGAAGGACAGGAAGGUCAAAUUCAGAUUAAACCCAGUGGGGUUUCAGAUACAGGAGGGUAAUGAAUUUAUUUAUAUGUUUGGUGUUUUUUUUUUUAAUUAAACUCUUCUCGCCUAAAUGAGAGGUCUGUCUCUGGAUGGUAAUUCCCAUCUUGGUCCCAAACAGAAAUACUGUGGCAGUUACUUUGUGUCUUAUGAGUUUACAACAUCCUCUCUACCUGUUCUUGUCAUUUUCCAGACCUACUCCAAACUGCACUGUUAUAAUAUUGUUGCUUAUGUACAUAGGCAGACAGUAAAAUGUUUUUAUCGUAUGUAGUGGUGCUGUCCACAGAGACCAUAGUAGUGAAAUGAGACGUCAUUGUUUUCUGUCAUAGUUCUCAUCUAUUGCUUUACUCUUUUCUUUUCACAGGAGUACGUCACCCGGGGAGACCAAACUGCUCGCUUCUGAGAUCUAUGAGAUCUUACAGUCAGCUGGGCAAGAGGAGGCCGAACAGGCUGAGGCUGCAGCGGCCUCCUGCCGACGUAAAGCCCACUUCUUUCUGGGCUCCAGCAACAAAAGGGCCAAAACCGUGGUGCUGCACAUCGAUGGAUUGGACGACCCUGUGAGUGUCCAAAGAGUGCAUUCAAGACACAGUGAACGUCUGUUCAUCUCUUCUGGGGGUAUUUUGUGUUUGCUGUUGUCAACAUGACAGCGUUGUCAGGGUAACUAAGCAGUGUCUAUCUGGCACGGGAUGGUGGUGGUGGGGGGGCAGAAGGGUCAGGUUGGAAAUGUCAGACAUUGAACAGCAGGGUGCUGAGAUUGAACCUGAAUGCUGCUCUGCAGGAAGCUCUCACCUAGCCAGAUUACAUUACAGCAGACAGACGGCCUCUGGUGGGCCGCAGCGAUAUCCCUGUAAGAGCAUCACACAGCGCUGUGGCAGCUGGGAAUUGUAGUCAUUUAAUUAGUAUUUCUAAAAAUGUUGGUUAAUGUUGCUCUCAAAUGUAAGAUAUUUUUGACUUGAUCAAACUCAUUCUGUGUCAUUGAAUUUUUCAGUUUAAUGCAGUAUUAUGUACCUUCGAGCCACAGUCAUGACACUUCGGCCUUGCCCAUACCUCUCAUCUGUUCCCCUCCCUUUUUCCAGACUCGAAGGAGUCUCUGUGAAGAGGCGUUGUUAAAGAUUCGGGGGGUCAUCAGCUUCACUUUCCAGAUGGCUGUGAAGAGAUGUGUUGUCAGGAUCCGCUCUGACCUUAAAGCUGACGUAAGUGUCUGUCCCAAGGCGAGAAUCACACUGAGACUUGGGUGCACAUGGUACUAGAGCUGUGUCCACUAAACAAUGAAACCAUGUCAUUCUUACUAGUUGUUUAAACACAUGAUUGGUAAUUUUGAUUAAUGUUGGCCCACAUUUUCAUUAUUGCUUUUGCACUUGCAGUUGAUGACUAACAGUCAUGUUUGUAACCAACUAUCACUUCCCAGAGAGUUUCCUACAGUGCUUUCUUUUUGUUUCAGGCACUGGGCACAGCAAUCAACUCCACCAAAGUAUUGACGGCUCAGCAGGUGGUGAAGACAGAGGAUGGAGCGGAGGUAAGAAAAAAAACUAACAUCUUAAUUCUUUAUCUUGAUCGAUCAAUAUGCUCACUGUGUGUUUAGUGUAUCUCUGCACAUGGAGUGUAGCCGCCCUUGCCUGUGGCUGAGACUUAGUCACACUGACAUGAUUAGUUAGUCACAUUUCUGCCUCAGCCUGUGGCCAGUUCCUUUUUGCCUAACACAUUACCAUCCCAGUUGCACCAUUUUACAAGGGUGUAUUCCCAGCUUGUAGCUUGAUGCCCAACUUGUUGAGCAGUAAAUCCUACAUAGCCUGUAUUUUAUUUCCAACAAUCUGCAGAGGGAAUGAUUGUUCAUUUGAUUGUUGCUUGAAUUUUUUGUAGUUGUUGUCAGGCUUGCUUCUUGUAGUCAUACACAAUAUGGCCAGCAGGGGUCAGGCCAGGUUCAGUCAUGUUAUCUGACUCCAGAUGUGGACUAUUUAGCUCUGUGGACUCUGCACAAGUGUUUUCUAAUAUUUGUUUUAACUGUCUUAAAAUAAACAAAUAUUUCUCUUCUAUCUUUGUGCAGCUCAUAGUCCCAUUCCAGGAGGACUCGACGGUGCUGGUAGAGGAGAACUUGGACAUCCCGGAUUACCUGCCCGAGGAGGAGAGCCCGUCCCAGGAGCAGGACAAAGCAGUGACGCGAGUCGGCUCCAUCACAGACGGCAUGGGCUGGCUCAGCACAGCCGCCAACUUCCUGACACGCUCCUUUUACUGGUGACCACUUCCUGUGUCCCUCUCCUUGCUCCCUGGUUCCCUCUAAGGUACCCUCCAGCUGCAGCCUUAGCUUCUCUCAGCCCUGACGCGGACUAAGCCCUGCCUCUUAGCCUCACAUUAGUUUAGACGUCCCUCAGCAGAGCGCACAGAGCUCCGACUGCAAGCGUGCAAGACGUGCUGGACUGCCAAGUGGAACCUGCAAUAACUUAAACUUGUGUAAAUAUCAAGGUACAAAUCCCACUACUGGCUAUGUGCGCACAACUAUAUACUAGCUGCAUAUGUAUCUCACAAGACAUGGCCAGAGGAGUUUCCAUCAGCCGAAACCAAAUAACAUUCUGGAAACCUGUAUGGCUGACAUGUGGCAGGCAUGUUUGAUUUUUCCGAGGCGAAUUUGGGGUACACAGAAAAUUGGGAGUUCCUUUAUUACUUUUGCAUGAUUUUUUUGGUGUCUUUCCCUCCUGUCUGCUCACUCUCAAUCAUUCUUCUUUUACUGUAUAUCUCUUUCAUACUUUUCAUCCUUUAUUAUUCAAAUCAAACUGCGUUUUCCCUCUUUUUUUUGGUUUUAUUAGCAUGCUAUGAGUCUUUGUGCCAAACUUGCCUGAUGCCUACAUCCUAAUUAUGUGUGCCUUUUUUGACAUUUUACUUUGUUGUCGAUUUUUCAUGAUUCAGUCAAUUGAUUUGCGAACUCAGAGUUGCGUACGUGCUUCCUGUAAGAGCUGCAGCAGCCAGCUUUAGAGAUCACUUUGGUAGGAAUAGUAAAGUUAGACACCAGCAGGAGGCUGCAGCUCAGUCAGCCACUGCCUCACAUGCAUCAAGACUGUUUGUUACAUACUGAAGGAGGAACUCAUUAGAACCGACUGAUAGCUCCUUGUGUUAUUUGCACAGACUUUAGGCUACCUCUGCUUCCUGCUUUCUAUCUCACAUUAUUAGCCUCCUCUUCUUCUGUAGUUAUCGUAAAAUCUUAGAUCUGCAUGGUGAAGACGAACUCAUUAGCUGCCUGCUUUGUUACCAGGACUCCCUGCAACAUUUUACAAUAUUGUAGCCCCUUCUCUUCAGCUCAGAUUUCAGUUUAGCCAACAGUGUCCUUACAGCAAAGAUCAUGUUGGUGCACACACAUACAGAGGACUCACUAAUGCAUUAAAUUAUGUCGUCGCGUACUGGAGCAAGAGUUUGGGUGAUGUACAUUUUGUAAAUGGUGCCUGAUUCCUCCAAAGUCUCUGACCUUACAUGUGAAGGAACUUUUUUUUUCUCUCUCUCCUUUUUAUAGUCCUUGUUUGCAUUUCUAACAUGAGGAGAUUGUAGCAGCUAAAGCUAACGCUCCAAGCGAGUUUUCUUGUCUUUUUUUUUUUCUUCCAACCUCUUGACUCACACCGGGUUUAAUUAUGAUCACUGACGACUUCUGUGAGUGUCAUCAAUAAUUAUCAUACAGUGCUGACCAGGCGACUUUUAUUGUUCGGAUGGUGUGGAGACGUCACAGCGUGUUGAGGUCAAACAGAUAGAUAGAGGAAUGACCUGAAUAACCUGAAUCAAGGGGCGCUGUUCUCUGGACAAGCAAUAAUCUCUUUUCUUUAUUAUUAAAGUAGUGAUGAUAGAUGAGCAUCAGCCUCUAAAACAACGGUUUUGAACAAGUUUUAUUCGUUUAAAAUAAAAAGCCUCAUCAUCAGUAUUCAUUUUUUCCAUUUUUGCACAAAAGGCAUAUUUAAAUUGCAUCAUGUAAUUUCAUUUUUGUUUGAUUUCUCAGCUCGUAAUGCAAAGAAAUACUUGAACAUUGUUUCUCAGACUUGUCAUUAUGUGUCAAUCAAAGUGUAAAAUUAUCUUAACUGUUCAUUAAUCACACUGUAAAGUUGACGAAAACUACAAAUCCAGUCCUCAAAUUAUAACUUCAUGUGUACAGGCUUCAUUCGUCUGUCUUCAAAUGUAACAUAAUGUAAUCAUAGAACUGUAGAUUCCAGUACACUGUUAAUGCAAAUAAUGAUAAACUUCAAAUGUCAACCUUU